CGGGUCGGACGUCCUUCUAAAGCGGGAUGUUGGGAUGUUAGGAUGAGUGGCGCUGGGACUGCUGGUGAUGCUUCUCCUGCUGCGUCCGUACCGUUUUCUUAUACCGGUAAAUUUUUAUUGCUUUUUUCACAUUAAUUAUUUAUGAAAGAACGUGAUAAUUAUAACAAUUCAGAUAAAUUACCAAUGAUCCCGAUAAUAAAUUAUCAACGUCUGUACGUCGGCUUACGUCGACCAUCGUAUUCAAGAUCCAGUUAUCAUCAGAUUUUACGUAAUAUUUUAUACGUAUGUAUCAGUUUAACGCUAAUCCUGUUUGUUUGGCUUGCAUUUUACAUCUCCGAUUCAUCAUGGAUCAGUAUGAUAUUGCAGAAUCAUAAUAACACUAAUAAUAAAAAAAUUAUAGAUCACAUAUCAACUUAUCCACGGGAUCAUAUGCAGUCUGUUGUAUAUAGGAAAAAUAUUGCUGCGAUACCAACAACAGCAAUAUCCAAUAAUGUUGUAUCCAGUUAUCAUGUCUAUGGUGUUGUCUUCGACGCUGGGAGUACGGGGAGUCGUGUUCAUAUAUUUAAAUUAUUAUAUAAUCCUUUGGAUCAUAUUAAACCGUAUACCUUAAUCGAUGAUAUCUUUGAUCAAGUGAAGCCAGGAUUAUCUGCCUAUGCUGAAAAGCCAGAUGAUGCUGCCAAUAGUUUAAUCAAGCUGAUAAAUACUGCUGAAAAAAGUCUACCCUCUGGUACAUGCCAUAAUACACCAGUGAUGCUGAGAGCUACAGCUGGCCUACGAUUGUUAUCAGUUGUUAAAGCGGAGAAUAUACUAAAAGCUGUACGAUCAAGACUAUCAAAAACAUGUUUCAAACAGUUAUCUAAUGCUGUGACCAUAAUGGAUGGAUUUUAUGAAGGCUUAUAUUUAUGGAUUACAUUAAAUUUUCUAAAUGAUCGUUUGUCACAAAGAAAGAUGAAGGUGACGUUUACUGGUGAUGACAAGCAGAGUUCACUUGUCCAACAACAGACAACGAUUGGUACAUUGGAUUUAGGGGGCGGGUCGACACAGAUCACGUUUAUUCCGACGGAAUUAAAUACCAUUAAGAAUUCACCGAUUGGUUAUAUUACUAACUUUAGUCCAAAUGGAAAGGAAAAUAAGGAUUUUCAGGAAAAGAUUUAUUCGCAUAGUUAUCUUGGACUGGGGUUAAUGUCAGCGCGUUAUUCAAUGUUGCAUACUGCAACUAGUUACGUCAAUGUUCAGUCUUCUCAACCACCGGAUGGCAAGAAACAAUUGUUUUAUCCAUGUUGGCCUAAUAAUAUGACUCUCACCUGGAAUCAUGCUGGUUAUGAUUGGGAGAUUAAGCAAAUGAAUCAAUCAGUGGUGAUGACACCGCAUCUUUUGUCUUCUCUAAUGAUGACGAAAUCAAGUGACAAGCAUAUAUCUGGUGAAUUAAUCAAUAAUAGUUACUCAUCUGUGUGUUAUUCUCUGGCGUUAUCUGUAUUACAAAAUCCUGUAGAAGGUGAUGGCAACACGACGAGAUAUCCACCAAAUAAUUUUAUUGUUCAUCAACCAGACGAGGUGAAGACGCUAGAAUUCUACGCAUUUUCUUAUUAUUUUGACCUUGCUGUUAGUGCUGGACUAAUUGAUGAAGAUAAUGGUGGAUUUUUAACGGUUGGAGAUUUUUAUAAAGCUGCGAAACAUGUUUGUCAGAAUCCAGACCCCAAGAAACCAUUCGAUUGUAUGGAUCUUAACUUUGUUACUGCUUUACUGCAUAAUGGUUAUGGAUUUCCAUGGGACAAAAAGAUAGGAUUUUUCAGAAAAGUUAAAUCAUUUGAAAUUAAUUGGAGCCUUGGUGCCUUAUUCUCAGAAAUGUAUAAUUGAUAAUAAUCAUAAUAAAAACUUUUCUAAUAAAUAGAAUAAGAACGCAUUUUCGCGUACAUAGUCCAUUGUUCAAUGUCGUUCCUUGUUUAUUCGAAGUAAAUAAAAAUAAAACACGUCCAUUUGAUCAAAUUUAUCGUUGCAAGAGCAGAAAGCAACAUUAUUAUUUUGAAAUAUAUGUUAUAUCCCUUCCUUUCCUUUCAAUUUCUUAUAUUUUGUCUUUUGUUAUUUUUAUGUGUAAUGUGUGAAUUUCAUUGUUUGGAUGUUUCGUUUUUAUCCCCUUCACAUAUAUAAAGAGAAUAUAAUUAAUAAUUUAUUGUGUGUACAA